GAGUCAUUCACCCCAGUCUGAGAGGUAAUUAGGAACAGCUGGUGCAGAUACGCGCAUCACAUGCCUCCACUAUAAAAGGGUGAGCUGCACACACGAGGGCUUGCUUCGGGAGGCCGGAGGGGGCCCAGCUGCGGGCUGUGUGUUUUGAUACAGGUAAUCAGUAGGUGACGUGGGAGAGCAUGCUUAGGACGUGGCCAAGUAGCAUCUAGGUGGUGUUUAAACAGCAGCCGCGUGGCCUACUGCGGGAGAAUCAAUUUGUGCUGGAGGAAGCGGUGUCUGAGGGAUUUCAGGUAGAGGUCGAUGACAGUGAGAAGCAUGCUUUCCACUGCUCUCCCUGAUCCCGUUUGCCACCCAGGAUGUCUGUGAGUGAGAGUGCAGUGUUUGCCUACGAGUCCUCUGUGCACAGCACCAACGUCUUGCUCAGCCUCAAUGACCAGCGGAAGAAGGAUGUGCUGUGCGAUGUCACUGUCCUGGUGGAGGGCCAGCAGUUCCGAGCCCACCGCUCGGUGCUGGCUGCAUGCAGCAGCUACUUCCACUCGCGAAUCGUAGGCCAAACUGAUGCCGAGCUCACCAUCACACUGCCGCAAGAGGUAACAGUUAAAGGAUUUGAACCUUUAAUUCAGUUUGCCUACACUGCCAAACUCAUUUUAAGUAAAGACAAUGUUGACGAAGUCUGCAAGUGUGUGGAGUUUCUAAGCGUACACAAUAUCGAGGAAUCCUGCUUUCAGUUUCUCAAGUUUAAGUUUUUGGACUCCACCUCAGAGCAGCAGGGAUGUGCAAGAAAAAAGUGCUUCUCCUCACACUGUCAGAAAGCAGAUUUUAAAUUUUCAUUUUCAGAACAGAAAGAUCUAGAAAUUGAUGAAGCAGAUGAAUUCUUUGAAAAGAAAAGUGCUCAGACUUCUCAUUGUGACUCCCAAAGAUGUCAGGGCAAUGUAAGAGCAUCCCCCCAUCUCCAAGACAGUGUCGGUCCGACGUGCCAGUCCAUGUGCGUGGACAAGGACGGAGCCCUGGCACUGCCAUCUUUAUGCCCCAAAUAUAGAAAGUUCCAGAAAGCAUUUGGAACCGACAAGAUCCGAACUCUUGAAUCCGGCGUCAGAGAUGUUCAUGCUGCCUCUGUCCAUCCAAAGGAGACAUCUGAACUUGAGUGUUUAGGGGGAGCGCAGGGCUGUGCAGAUUUACAAGUGAUCUUAAAAUGUGAAGGGAUGAAGCCAGCCAUGGAGAGGGAAGACACAAAGUGCAAAGACCCCGCCCCUCAGUGUCCUGCAGAGCAGGCUGAAGUGACUGCUUUGUCCCAGGAUUCUGCUGGACCUCACGGGCUCUAUUCCCUGUCGGUCCUACACACAUACGAGCAGUCAGGCGAUGUGGGCUUUCCUGGGCUGCAGAGUAAAACAGUGAAAACAGAAAAGCCUCUGUUGGGUCCAGAUGCCCAGGACGAGAAGCCAUUGGAAAAUCAGGAAUUAUACCUGAAGUCUAACAUGGGACCCAAAGAAGACAGCAGCAGCCUUGCGUCCGAGGAUCGGAGUAGUGUGGAGCGAGAGGUGGCAGAGCACCUGGCCAAAGGCUUCUGGAGUGACAUUUGCAGCACGGACUCGCCUUGCCAAAUGCAGUUGUCAUCCGCUGUGGCCAAAGAUGGCUCAGAACAGGGCUACUCUCAAAGGCGAUCUGAGUGUCCCUGGUUGGGUAUCAGGAUCAGCGAGAGCCCGGAGCCAGGCCAGCGGACUUUCACAACUCUCAGUUCCGUCAACUGCCCUUUUAUUAGUACUCUGAGUUCUGAAGGCUGCUCAAGCAACUUGGAAAUUGGAAACUAUGAUUACGUCGCAGAGCCUCAGCAGGAGCCUUGCCCGUAUGCUUGUGUGAUCAGUUUGGGAGAUGACUCGGAGACCGACACGGAAGGCGACAGCGAGUCCUGUUCUGCCAGGGAGCAGGACUGUGAGGUGAAACUGCCUUUCAAUGCUCAACGAAUAAUUUCGCUCUCACGAAAUGAUUUCCAGUCCUUGUUGAAAAUGCACAAACUGACCCCAGAGCAGCUGGACUGUAUCCAUGACAUCCGCAGGAGGAGCAAGAACAGGAUCGCUGCCCAGCGCUGUCGCAAGAGGAAGCUCGACUGCAUCCAGAACCUUGAGUCAGAAAUUGAGAAGCUGCCAGUUCUCUCAGCUCUGUUGGCUUCCUUCCUGACGUCUCCUCCUAAUGAUUGUGUUAGUUCACUUUCUGCUGCUGCGCUGAACACCAGGACCACAAGCUACUUGAGGAGGAGAGUUUUACUUCAUUUCCAUCAUCUGGAGAAGUCAGGGCAUGAACGCAGGACGGGAGCCUGGGAGCGGGAACUGAAGCAGAGACCACACAGGAGUGCUGCCUAUUAGCUUACUCUUCAUGGCUCUGCUCACUACCCAGGACCAGCUGCCCAGGGGCAGGACUGCCCACAGUGGGUAGACUUCUUCCACAUCAGGAAUUAAUCACGAAAAUGGCCCACAGGCUUGCCUACGAGCCAUCUGUCCCAAGUAUUUUCUCAGCUUAAGUCCCUUCUGGGUGACCCUAGCUUGUGAGACUGACUGACUCACUGUGAACUCUGAUUGGCCUCCUUUGCUCUCCUCUCAGCCCUGAAGGGUUUCUUUCAUCAACAGAAAGAUCACUGCUCUCCAGUUCUGCGGCCCUUAUUGUGAGUACAGAAAUCAGAAGAGCUAGUCUUAUUUACCUGCUGUAUUGAUAUGGACUCCAGCUACAAAACCCAGGAGCCGUCUGAAGAGUGCAUAGAAUAUGCUCUAAGGUGUAGUUCCUGGGAUAGAGCCAGGUCUUGUGAAUAGCGUGUAACUGGGAAGCCACGAGGGGGUUGCUCCCAGCUCCUAAGGCAUUCAUGAAGACAGGUAACACCUACAGUCGUCGCUGAAGGCUCAGGAGGAAGGAGGAGGACUGGCCUUAUGAGGCUUAUGUCCUGGUUAUGACUGGAUAGCCAAGAAUUGAGUCUCUCGGAGCAGCCCAAGUAUGUAGCUCAUGGGGGCCGUCUGUUCUCACAGCUCAGUUCUGUCACAAAACCCUACCUGGAGAGCCUGCUGGCUUAUGUGUGGUUGAGCUGGGCUAUGGGUGUCCAUCCCUGAACCCUACUCAGUCUUUACCACUCUCACCCUAGUCCUCUACAAAUCCUAGGUGCAGAGGCAAGGGGCGCACUACACAUAAAUGUUGGUCCUGCCUUCCUGCCUUGCAUGUCUUUCUCCAAAAGGAAGGGGUGGUGGCAAAAAGUGUGUUUAUUAGCAAUUAAGAAGGAGGAAGGUGCCAAAAGUAUAGAAUGUGAUGCUUCAGCUACAGAUGCAUGGCCCACGGUGACAUCGUGGCACUUGGUGGCAUCAUGGCACUUGGUGGCAUCAUGGCACAUGGUGACUUCAGGGCUCAGUGCUCUGCUGAAUCAGUGUCCUCACCAUGGGGAAGUUCUUGGGUUGCUGUCACCAUGCAGAAGGUGAGGUGAGGGAAAGCAAGCUGCGAGAGAAAGUAUGGAGAAAGUGGUGACUUUGUAGACCACAGCCGAUUCCUUUAGAAGUCUGAUUCUUAGACUAGGCAGCAUCUCAGUGCCAAACCCAACAGCAUGAGUUUAACCCGUGGGACCCACACGGUGGAUUGAGAGAAUUCUUCACAUAUGUGCCAUGGGACGUGACCCUCCUCCACGUAAACUACUGUAAUAGUAGUAAAACAGGUCCCUGAACAGCUUCCCUGACAGACAGGAGUGUCUGUUACCUGCUUAUUUGCAGGGAUGGUGGAGAACACAACCAGACCCAGCACACUGCCUUGUGCCUGUCUCUGCAGGGUGAGCCCUUCUCAGCAGAGCCUCAGGCAGGUCCCCAGGAGGGAGCUGGCGGAACCAGAGCCAUCUCGAGGGGUUCCAUGCGUGUCACACCCCUGAAGACCCUCCAGAGGGGCGAGGUGUUGAAGGUUUCAUCAGGGACAGCGAUACUGCUGAUCCCUGUGCAAACUGGGCCAGCAUGGGUGCUUUUUUUUUUUUUUUAAAUGAAAUAUGUUUUUAAAGUCCUUUAAAAAGGGGAAAGAAUACAGACAGGCUAAGGACACAGAGAAAGUACUUUGCUGUAGCCGCACAGUGUUUGCACUUACUUUAGGUACAAACUUGGAACUCUACCAUCACCGUCUCACUUUGUUUUCUUUUUAUAUGGUAAGCUGUGUUAUUUCAAAUGUUAAAAAGUAACUCUAAAGUAUAAAGUAAACAAUUAAUAAUAAACCAGGUUCGCUACUGGAGAAAAAACUGCAGUGCGCUGAGGCAGUUCACAUGGCCUGGUGGUAUGGUUGCCAGGGCGCUGGAGUACACAGCCACGGCCAGGCCUUUGCUCCUCACUUGCCCUCCCAGCGGCAGCAGGGUCCGGUCCUGGGAGCCCCACUGUGCCGGCGCCCGUGCAGGUGCAUGUUCUCCUGAACAUGUCUCACGGAGCCCGCAGCCCUUUCAUGUUUGCAUAGGUGCGGAUAUGCAAACACUCACAGCUUCAGGAAGGAACACGCUGUUCAGGUGUGUAGCCCAGGAGCUAACGGGCGAGAUCUCAGCCCAGGUGUGUUACACGGGGCACCAUUCCCAUGCUGGCCAGCAGCCCAGCUGCCUCAGAAGACAUUUCUUAGAGCGGGUUCCUGUUAAGGAGCACACGAUUAUAAUCUUCAGGAGUUAGCUUGUGUUUGAAGUUGGGGGUGCUUAAGACACGAUUCUCCCCCACCCCCAGUGCUGAGCCUAGCGCCUCACAUAUGUGCUGAACUGUUACCACCCCCAUUUUGAAAACGUCUUCAGGUGGUGUCUCAGUUAAGUUGCUCGCUUUGAGCUCCUGCUCCUCGUCUGUCUGGAGGUGCUGAUACUGCUAUGAAGCGAUUGUGUUGGGUUGGUCUGAUUUACUACUCGGCAGCUGUUCUGACCCAGGUAAAUGACAACACCAGUUAACUGAUGUGGUGUGUGAAGAACAGAUGGACGAUUCUAGAGCUCAUGGUGUACCUGAGCACAAGUCCUCUUCUGUGGGACAUUCCUAUUUUUAAAAUUGUGUGUGUGUGUGUGUGUGUGUGUGUGCGCGUGCGUCACACUCCCGUGUGUUCAUGAGGGGCCAGAGGCUAUCUGGGUCCUGUCUCCGUUGUCCUCUGCCCUUUGAGCACACUUGCAGUUUGCCCGUUUUGUUUUUUUGGUUUUGUUGUUGUUGUUGUUGUUUUUGGCUAGGCUGGUGUCUUAGGGUUUCACUGCUGUGAACAAACACUAUGACUAAGGCAAUUCUUACAAGGACAACAUUUAACUGUGGCUGGCUUACAGGUUCAGUCCAGUAUCAUCAAGGUGGGACCACGGCAGCUUCCAGGCAGGCCUGGUGCAGGCAGAGCUGAGAAAGAAGCCUGCAUCUUCCUCUGCUGGCCUCUAAGAGAAGACUUGACUUCCAGGCAGCUAGGAAGUGGGCCUUAAAGCCCACGUCCAUAAUGACUCAUCUACUCUAAGGCCACACCUCCUAACAGUGCCACUGCUGUAGCCCCAGUGUAUUUGGGUUUUGGGGAUUCGAACUCAGAUCCUUAUGUUUGUGACCCACUGAGCCAUCCGCCAACUCUUUAAUGAAUGCCGUCAUCUCUUAUUUAGUGCUGCAGUGUGAAUGCGAGUGUGAAUGUGGAGGGACCACAUAGAUAAAUAGUUACAUGAAGAUACAGAAAUUACAUAAUUAUUCGUGGUCUUUAUAGCAUCUCUGAGCACUGUGAUUUGUAGGAGGAAGCAAGCCCAAACGGUCACUGUUAGAGCUAACCUCUCCUAACUUAAGCUUCAUCUUGGCUGUGGCAGAGGAACCCAGACAUCAGUAUCGCUGUCACUGAGUAAAGGGGGAGUUUACGCUCGCCCAGGUCUUCUCUAUUCCCACUAGAAUGAGCUGUGGAGAGGUGCAAAGCAAAGAAGCCUCACAUGGUAUUAAAUGUGGUUCUUUUCGGGAAUAGACGUCAGGGCUGCUCUUCUCCGCUUGACACCUGCAGAUUGAUCUUAUCUGGUGUGUAACUGAAGAGUCUGUGUAAGAGGAAAUGGCUGGGGGUUGGGGAUUUAGCUCAGUGGUAGAGCGCUUGCCUAGCAAGCGCAAGGCCCUGGGUUCAGUCCCCAGCUCCAAAAUAAAGAAAAAAAAAAAAAAAAAAAAAGGAAAUGGCUGAAGGAAGACCUUACACACAAGCGAGCGCACGCUCUCUCAUGACCUGCUCUGCUCCUAUUUUUGCCUUAAAAGAAGCAUACAAAUCUGAACAAAUUGGAGAAUUGCUUUUCAUUAUAGAAAUUUAUAUUGUGCUUAUAACAAAAAUUCCUAUGAUUGCAUAUUUAAAAAUAUUGUAUAAUCUUAAUAUUUAACAAACACCACUAAUAAUUGAAUUCUCACAUAACACGGUUGAAAUAUUUUUGUGAAUAUGAAACUGUAGGAGUACUGCUGUAUCUGGCAAAGCUCUUAUGCCUUUCAAGUGUUGCUGUGCUAGUGGGACCGAAGUUUGACAGUUAGAAACUACUGCUGUGAAGUACCCCGUCUCAGAGGUCUGCGGCAGCCUUGACCCUGCAGAACCUGUAGUGAGCAGAAAGCAGGCAGCGGUGCUCAGACACCACCAGUCAUCUCAUUUUCAAGGUGAAACCUUUGACCCUCGAUUAGCAUUUGUUAACUCCCCCUUUACAAGUAGCCUGAUUACUAGGUUGCCUAGCUCAUAAGAGGUUAGUCGUGAAUGGUAGGAGGUGAUGGUGAGGGGAGGAGGUAGGAUGAGGUAAUAAAAGGUUAGACGUGAAUGGUAGGAGGCAAUGAUGAGGGGAGGGGGUAAGAUGAGGUA